AUGCAAGGAUGCAGUCGGGGGUAUAAUGAGUGGGAUGAUGGAUCUGACCAUGAUGAUGUGUCUAAGAUAUACGUACGAGGUGGUCAUUCAGGGAUACAAUACAUCAAUGUCGAGUAUUACAAGAGUGGACAAACCGUAUAUGGACCAGUUCAUGGUUUUUCGAAUGCAGGUUUCACGCAGACGUUUGAGAUUGACCAUCUAAAAAAUGAACAACUUAUCUCCGUUGACAUUUACUGUAGAGAUGGUUCAUUGGGUGUUCAAGCACUUCAAUUCAAAACCAACUUGAGGGUUUCUGAAAUCAUGGGAUAUGAAAUUGGUUGUAAAAAGUUUACACUAGAAGUCGAGGGAAAGAAGAUCAUUGGGUUUCAUGGAUCUGUUGCAUCUCUAUUUAUUGGUCUUGGAGCAUAUUUUGAUUGGAUUCCUUCCACUAGAAUGGAAGCCAAAGGGGGAGAAGGAGGCAAGGAGUGGGAUGAUGAAGCUGACCAUGAGGCCAUUUCAAAGGUUCAAGUACAAGGUGGUACCCAAGGCAUACAGUUCAUUAAGUUUGACUACAUCAAAGAUGGACAGUCAAAAGAUGGGCCAGUCCACGGCUUUUCAGAUGGAGGUGUCACAUUCACUGGAUCGGUUGAGAUUAACCAUAUCGAGAAGGAAUAUCUAGUAUCUAUCGAGGGUUUCUAUGACGAGGAAUCUAACGUGAUUCAAGGACUUCAGUUCAAAACCAACAUGAAUACUUCGGAGAUGAUGGGAUAUGAUGAUGGUAAGAGGUUUUUACUUGCAGCAAAUGGAAAGAAGAUCAUUGGGUUUCAUGGAUAUGCUGACAAGUACCUCAACUCUCUUGGAGCAUAUUUCACAACUACCCCUCCUAUUAAAUUGGAGAGCCAAGGUCCUGAUAAAGGGUUUAUCUGGGAUGAUGGUGCGUUUGAAGGCGUUAAAAAAGUGUACGUUCAUUAUGAGAAAAGUUUGAUCAACUCCAUUGGGUUCGAUUGCGACAAUGGCGCUGGUCAAGUGAAAAAGUCUAUGUACGGGUCCAAGAGUGGAGUUUCUGGACAAGAUGGAGAGUUUGUGGUAGACUAUCCAAAUGAAUUUAUCACAUCCGUGGAGGGAAUUUUCUGCGAGUUGCUUAGUGCUAUUACGUCGUUGACUUUCACUACAUCAAAAGGAAGAACUUCUCCAACAUUCGGAGGCGUUCCUGACCGUAGAUUUACUAAAUUCGUGCUCAAGAGCAAAGGGUGUGGUCUUGUUGGUUUCCAUGGACGUUAUUACACAACUCAGCUCGUUGCUCUUGGAGCAUAUUGCCGUCCACUGCCUCCUCGUUCUCACUCAGUUAAAAUAGAAGAACAAGGUGGUGAAGGAGGAGCUUCUUGGGACGACGGUGAUACUUUCGAAGGCGUUAAGAAGGUAUUCAUAGGACAAGGAGAAAUGGGCAUCGCGUUUGUCAAGUUUGUGUACAACAAGGAUACUCAAGUGUUCUUUGGAGAUGACCAUGGGAACAAGACAAUGAUUCAAUCUAAAGAGUUCGAGCUGGAGUAUCCAAGUGAAUACAUUACAUCAGUGGAGGGUAAUUAUGGUAAAGUAAGUGGAAAUGAAUCCGAAGUUAUGCUUAUGCUAAAGUUCACGACCAACAAACGCACAUCUCAAGUCUUUGGACUAGUAGAUACAACAUCAAGCUUCUUACUCCACAAGGAUGGUUACAAAAUCGUUGGUUUCCAUGGAAAAUCCGGUAACAUGCUUCAUCGAAUUGGCGUCCAUGUCAUGCCCAUCUCCCACCACCACCACUGA